GCAAGCUAUGCAGCUACAGCAGUAACCUUUACAGCCAGCGAUACCGAUCGCAUUCCCCGACAGCAGAGAGUUGUUGCCUUUGAUUUAUUACGUGGACUCUUGAUGAUACUUCAAUCAAUUGAUCAUGGUAGACUGUUCUUCACACCAUUAGACCGUGAAUUCGAAUCAUGGUACACACUUCCGAAGUACAAUACAACCACAUUGCUUUUGCGCAUUGUAUCCCACCCUUGCGCUCCUGGGUUUGCUAUGCUGAUGGGUAUAGGUCUUGUCUAUUUUGUUCGCUCCAGGAAGGCUCUGGGAUGGAGCGAUGGUCGUAUACUUUAUCACUCGUUCGUGAGAGGUUCCAUUUUGGUUGCUAUCAAUAUUUGGCAAACAUGGCGGCGAGACAUAUCUUCAGGCGAUGAAACUCAUGGGCUAUUCCGAUUGACUGUGCUGCAUGCACUUGGAAUCAAUUAUAUUUGCUCCACUGCUGUCCUGCUCUGGUCCUUGCAUCUUUAUAUGUACUUGGUUCGCCGCCUUGGCCGGUACGAUACCUCCGAUACAAAGAUCGCAAAUCAAGCCAACGUGAUCCAGGUUUCUAUAAUACUCAGCUUGGCGUUUGUGUUCAUGGUUUUUAACUUGCUGGUAGUUCCCCUGCCUGUGCCUGAGGGCAUUGUGCCAGGCUACGGCUGGUGGCGAUAUUUGAUGUAUCUCCCUGGCACAUCACAAUUCUUUUUUUCCAUGUAUCCUUCUCUAACUUGGCUUGGUAUGACGAUAUACGGCUGCGCAUUAGGACUUAUUAUGAUUAAGUGGAAAAGGAGUAAUUCGGGGUAUGCAAAGUGGAAUAUGGUGCUUUCAGGAGGCUGGGUCAUGCUGUUUCCGUUGGUUCGAGCUGUAGGGGGAUUUGGAAACAUCAAUCCAUCGCUUGUUGGAACAGACACUUCCAAAAGUUAUCCGUUUCUUUCAAGUUGGAAUGCCUUCUUCAAUACCAUAAAGUAUCCCCCGGACCUCGCGUUUUCUUCGCUCUUUCUGGCCAUCAAUCAUAUGUACCUUUCGGUCUUCUUCCUCCUGCCGACCGAGGUCAAUACCACUAAGUUCUAUAUGGCAUCGCUGCUGGAUGGCCCGUUAAUGGAUUUUGGACGGUCGGCUCUCUUCUUUUACGUCACCCAUUUUCUUGUGUUUUCCAAUUCAGCCGAUGCACUAGGCUACUUCUUUCCCAACCUCAAAAAUCCAAAUGACCAUCUGGACUUGAAUCUUUGGCAAUUUCUUCUAGUAUGGCUUGCUUUGCUGUGCUUGUUAUGGUGGAUGUGCAGGUUAUAUGCUCGUUUCAAAGAGAGGCAACAACCCGACUCUAUUUUCCGAUUUUUUUGACCAACAAAACAGUGCUUCUAUACACAAAAAAUCACAGUUCUACACCCGUCUGUAAAGUUAGGCUUGAGAAGAGU